AUGACUUUAACUGCCAGACCUGGUGACCAGGGAUCCCAGCGUCUGCUGCUCUCGCUUCUGCUCCUCGCUGCCUGGGAAUCAGGGAGCGGCCAGCUCCACUACUCGGUCCCCGAGGAGGCCAAACACGGCACCUUCGUGGGCCGCAUCGCGCAGGACCUGGGGCUGGAGCUGACAGAGCUGGUGCCGCGCCUGUUCCGGGUGGCGUCCAAGGGCGGCGGGGACCUUCUGGAGGUAAAUCUGCAGAAUGGCAUUUUGUUUGUGAAUGGUCGGAUCGACCGGGAGGAGCUGUGCGGGCGCAGCGCGGAGUGCAGCCUGCACCUGGAGGUGAUCGUGGACAGGCCGCUUCAGGUUUUCCACGUGGAGGUGGAGGUGAAGGACAUUAACGACAACCCGCCGAUAUUUCCCGCGAUACAAAAGAAUCUGUUUAUUUCUGAAAGCAGAGCUCUGGACUCUCAUUUCUCACUAGAGGGCGCCUCAGACGCAGACGUUGGCACUAAUGCUUACUUGAGUUAUAAUCUGAGCCCCAACGAGUAUUUCUCCCUGGAAAUUCCAACCAAGGACGCGCAGGUAAAACCUCUGGAAUUAGUAUUAAAAAAACAUUUAGAUAGAGAAGUAGCUUCAGAGCUUCGCUUGGUGCUUAAAGCAACGGAUGGGGGCAAACCUGAGCUGACAGGAGCGGUGGAGUUACUUAUCACAGUACUGGAUGUAAACGACAAUGCUCCAGUUUUUGACAAAGCAGUAUAUCGUGUAAAAUUAGUGGAAAAUGCAAGAAAUGGUACCGUGGUGGUUAGGCCUAACGCCUCGGAUUUGGAUGAAGGUUCAAACAGUCACAUUCUUUAUUCUUUUGCAACCGAUGUUUCUCCUAAGACUCGGGCUACUUUUCAUAUUGAUUCAGCCAGUGGAGAGAUUAAAGUAAAUGGAAAUAUUGACUUUGAAGAAACCGAAUUAUGGAAGAUUCAAGUAGAAGCAGUUGAUAAAGGCAAUCCUCCAAUGUUUGGUCACUGCACAAUCUUGGUAGAAGUCUUGGACAUCAAUGAUAAUGCUCCAGAAUUGUUAGUAACGUCGCUGUCUCUCCCCAUUCGAGAGGAUGCCCCACUGGAAACCGUCAUAGCCCUGAUUAGUGUAACUGAUCCUGACUCAAAUGUCAAUGGGCAAGUAACAUGUUCCUUGAAGCCAGACGUGCCUUUCAAGCUGGUGUCCACCUUCAAAAAUUAUUACUCAUUAGUGCUGGACAGCGCCCUGGACCGAGAGACCACCUCUGACUAUGAGUUGGUGGUGACCGCGCGUGACGGGGGCUCGCCUCCGCUGUGGGCCACCGCCAGCGUGUCGGUGGAGGUGGCCGACGUGAACGACAACGCGCCCGUGUUCGCACAGGCCGAGUACACGGUGUUCGUGAAGGAGAACAACGCGCCCGGCUCGCACAUCUUCACGGUGUGGGCGCGCGACGCGGACGCACAGGAGAACGCGCGCGUGUCGUACUCGCUGGUGGAGCGGCGGGUGGGCGAGCGCGCGCUGUCGAGCUACGUGUCGGUGCACGCGGAGAGCGGCAAGGUGUACGCGCUGCAGCCGCUGGACCACGAGGAGCUGGAGCUGCUGCAGUUCCAGGUGAGCGCGCGCGACGCUGGCGUGCCCGCCCUGGGCAGCAACGUGACUCUGCAGGUGUUCGUGCUGGACGAGAACGACAAUGCGCCUGCGCUGCUGGGGCCUCCCGGCGGCGGCGGCGGCGGCGCGCGCAGCGAAGUGCUGUGGCGCUCGGUGGGCGCUGGCCACGUGGUGACCAAGGUGCGCGCGGUGGACGCGGACUCUGGCUACAACGCGUGGCUGUCGUACGAGCUGCAGCCGGCGGCGGCCGGUGCGCGCAGCCCGUUCCGCGUGGGGCUGUACACGGGCGAGAUCAGCACCACGCGCGCGCUGGACGAGGCGGACGCCGCGAGGCAGCGCCUGUUGGUGCUGGUGAAGGACCAUGGCGAGCCGGCGCUGACGGCCACCGCCACGGUGCUGGUGUCUCUGGUGGACAGCGGCCAAUCGCCCAAGCUGUCUUUGCGUGCAUCGGAGGGCGCCGUGGCUUCGGAGGCGACGCUGGUGGACGUGAACGUGUACCUGAUCAUCGCCAUCUGCGCGGUGUGCAGCCUGCUGGUGCUGACGCUGGUGCUGUACGUGGCGCUGCGGUGCUCUGGGGCGGCUGUGGGGCGGAGCGAGGGCGCGUGCGCGCCUGGGAAGCCUGUGCUGGUGUGCUCCAGCGCGGUGGGGAGCUGGUCCUACUCUCAGCAGAGGAGGCAGAGGGUGUGCUCUGGGGAGGGCCCGCCCAAGACCGACCUCAUGGCCUUCAGUCCUGGUCUUCCUCCUAGUUCAGUUUCUGGAGAUAGUGGAGUCCAACAAGAGAACUUUGGGAAUUGGGUGAAAUGGAAAGUACUCACAAUUUCAGGCACCAGGUGUCGCUCUUUACUUGAGGGAAAGAGUUCGGCCAUAGCUUGGGCUGCACAGUCCGGCAUUCAGCAUAAGCUGAACGCUGUAAAAGGAUCCUUUGAACCUUCUCAAAAAUUCAGCGCGACAUUAAACCUGAACUGA